CGCUCAUUUCGAUUCAAAAAGUAUAGCAAAUAUUCAUUUCCUUUGCACAAUAUCCUUUUUAAAUGGCAGCACGGAGGUCAUCGUUUCGCUUUCGCCUUCCUUGGUCUCAAGAUGAACCAGCUCCACCUCCAACACCAGCAACCCAACCAUCUACUCGACCCAAUGCUGGCACGGCUCCCUCUCCGGCAACUCGACCAGCAGCAGGGUCACAGCCAGCUGCGCGGACCAACACAAGCAAUCUGUCUAAAGCUGAAACCCCAACCAGCAACCAGCCACCCAACCCCACGAGAAACGCCACUCCUUCAAUUCCUACUUCACCAACUAAAGCUGGAACUCAGGACAACAAUCAGCUGCCCAACACCAAAACCAGCACAACUCCAACACCAUCUCUCUCUCCACCUCGCCCUAUUGAAUCCUCCACCCCAAGCACAUGCCAAUCACCUGCUACUCCUACCACUGCUGGCUCUUCGACUGAAGCCCGAACCCCUACCCAAGCCUCAAAUAUGAGCUCUACCUCCACCAAUUCUCCAGUUCGACCUACGUCUCAAACCACCACCAGUAACCCUACUACACCAAAGGUUGCUCAGAGGCCACCAUUUCGGCCAGCAGGGGCAGCUCCCACUCCCAAGAAUCGGGCAUCCAAGAACGAGUCUCAACCUUCAUCACCAUCUCAAGCAACUAACAAGCCCCGUAUCACAUCUCAACCAGCUUCACCAUCUGGUGCAGCAAAUAGGUCUCGUGUAUCUCAAUCCCCAUCUCCAUCUCGCUCAGCUCCUCAAUCACCGGCUAUGACUCCAACAUCCUCCCCAACACGCAAGGCUCCCCACGUCCUUUCAUCUAAAGCAGGUCAGGAAUCUUCAAACUCUCUAUCCGUCGUGAAAUCUCAAAUGCAAGAAAAGAAUCAGGAAACUACUCUGCCAACAUCGCCACCACAAUCAUUGCAAGAGAUUUCAAAGCCUUCUUCCAAAUCCAUAGAAGCAGAUAAAGAACCAACAGAACAAAUGGAGCUUCGAACCAAGAAAGAAACCAAGUCAGAUGCGGACUCUGAAGCAAAAAUAAAGUUCACAGACAAGGCAAUGAAACCUUCAGAAGAAUCAGUGCCAAAAUCCACUAUAACAGGCAUUACAAAAGGGCCAUCUGAGAAAUCAGAUUCUUCCAGUAUCAGUGGUGAACCUAAAAUGCUCAAAGAGUCAGAUACCAACAAUCAGGAAACCAAAGAAGUCAUGCAAGAAUCUAGACGUAAAGACUAUGGUGCUGGAGAAAGAACCCCAGAAGUUCAAUCGAAGCAAGAGGGUUCUAGCAAAGAUCAAAUUUUGAAAAACUCUGGAUCUAAUGGAAGGCAGACAAGAACAACUACAACUCAGCCAAGGAACAAAACUGCGGUGAUAAUAGAGGAGCAUCUAUGCAACUUGGCUCUGAUUCUUCCACAAAAGGAGGGCGAAUCCACAUUCACAGAGGAUACAAAAUAAACCCUAAUGAAAGUGCUGACGCAACCACAGAUGGGGAGGGAAGUUCAAAGACUAAGGAAGAUCAAACCUUAGCUGCAUACAUUAAUUGCAACG